AUGCAGCUGGCUUAUAAUUAUUUCUUCACCAGCUAUGGAAAUACCUUAUUAGGUUACAUUCUGGAGUUUCUGUGCUGUAUUGUUUUCCCAUCUGUCCCUUUCCCUCCAUUCUUCCAUCUCUCUAUGCAGGCAGAGUUUGAGCGAGUAGCAGAUGAUGUGAAGAAGGUGAAGUCCAGACCUUCAGACCAGGAGCUGCUGGACAUGUAUGGUCUGUAUAAGCAGGCCAUAUUUGGAGACAUCAACAUUGACAAGCCAGGCAUGUUAGACAUGAAGGGGAAAGCCAAGUGGGAGGCCUGGGAUUCUAGGAAAGGUAUGUCCAAGGAGGAUGCCAUGACAGCUUACAUCUCACUUGCUAAGGAGAUCAUCAGCAAAUACUAAUAUGAUGAUGAAGUCGUAUCCAGGGUGUGACUAGAAAUGGUUAUAAUGAGGAGAGCUGUAUCUCAUUUAGCCACAAGCCAUAGGUUAUGAGAAGCUACUGCACUAGGAAUAAUUUGAUAUUUUUUUUCUCCUUAGAUUGACCUUUCUUGACUUUUAAAAUGUGGAGUUUUUCAACCCCUGUGCACUUUUGGGAUGUUGAAUUUAUGAUUUAAUAAAACAUUGUUUUAAAUUAC